GAAAAGCAGGUAAACAUGAUAGGGAGGAGGACCAAUGACAUACAGAAGCUUUUUCAACUGAUGUUAGUCAUUCAUGUGCCGAUUUAUCCACUAUGGUCAUUGGUCACCUCUAUGUUCACAUUGGAAAACAAGUGUUAUGAAUAGGGAGGAAGAGAACAAUGACCACGUUACAAAAUUCAAUCCGAACUACUUUCUGCUCUUUCCUGCAGAACAUGGCCGAAUAUUUUGUCUUCGAUAUUGCUGAAUCACUGUUAAGGAAGCUUGCUUCUUCUGUUUAUGAAGAAGCUUCUCGAGCUUAUGAUCUGUAUGAGGAUGUGAAAGGCAUCAAAGACACUUUGUCAAUUGUGAAAGGUGUGCUGUUGGAUGCUGAGGAGAAGAAGGAGCACAAGCAUGGGUUGCGCGAAUGGCUCAGGCAGAUUCAAAAUGUAUGCUUAGAUGCUGAAGAUAUCUUGGGUGGAUUUGAGUGCCAAAACCUUAGAAAGCAAGUUGUCAAAGCAUUAGGCAGCACAAGGAUGAAGGUAGGCCACUUCUUUUCUUCGUUCAAUUCUCUUGUUUUCCGUCUUAGGAUGGCUCAUCAAAUAAAAAAUGUUAGACGUAGAUUGGAUAAGAUAGCAGCUGAUGGGAACAAGUUUGGUCUUGAGAGGAUUGAUGUUGAUCACAGACUUGUGCAAAGGAGAGAAAUGACUUAUUCCCAUGUUGAUGCUUCAGGGGUGAUUGGAAGGGAUAAUGAUAAGGAUGAAAUUAUCAAGCUUUUGAUGCAACCUCACCCCAAUUGUGAUGGCGAUGGAGAUAAAAGUUUGUGUUAUUCCCAUAGUGGGUAUUGGAGGCUUAGGGAAGACCACACUUGCAAAGUUGGUGUUCAAUGAUAAUAGGAUGGAUGAACUUUUCCCAUUGAAGAUGUGGGUGUGUAUCUCCGACGAAUUUGACAUUAGGCAGAUUAUAAUUAAAAUUAUCAACUCCGCUUCUGCUUCAGCUCCAAUUAUUGCUCUUUCUCACCAAGAAAACAUUAAUAGCUUCGAUAUUGAGCAGUUACAAAGUCGUCUUAGACACAACCUUUCUGGAAAGAAGUAUUUACUAGUCAAUGGAUUCAAGGAGCUGCAGACACUUGAGGGACAUUGUUAAUUUUAAAUUGUCAUAGUUUUCAGAUUCUUCCUCAGUGGUUGACAACAAUGACUCAUCUUAAGAUACUCCAUAUUGCUAACUGUCCUCAGCUGCUGUAUCUCCCAAGUGGCAUGCAUCGCCUCAGCGCCCUGGAAGAAUUAAGCAUAGAUGGUUGUCCUGAAUUGUGUCGAAAAUGUCAACCACAAUGUGGUGAGUACUGGUCCUUCAUCACUCACAUCAAACAGUUAAGAUUGCACGAUUAGUAAAGCUAAAAUGCACACCAUGGAGACCGCAAUUUAAAUUCUGAUCAUGAAUGAAAUAUUAUUUUGCUUCUAAAAUUUUCAAUUUAUUAAAAACAAAAUUGGCAUGGGGCAAAAGAAAUUAACGGUUCAUCAUUUGUAUAGCCAUUGUAGGCAUUUGCAUUUCUAGCGUUUGUCUCUUGAAUACUUCAAGUAUUAGUUUUAGAAAGAAAAAGCAUCAUUUUAUAUAAAUUCUCAUGAUGACAGAGGGGCACUUCACAGAAUCCUCCACCUUCAGCUUUUGUAAUCUGUCCACUAAUUUGAGCUAAAUCUAUUUUCUUUUCAUCCUUUCCUUUUUUA